GGUCCAGGCAUGGAGAGGGCGCAGUUCCGCGCCAUCCUCCGUAUCGUUGACACGUCGUAGGAAAAGAGUGCGGAGUCAGUUGAUUUUCCUCUUUCGUAACUCGUCCAGUGUGUCAAUCGUAACCUUCGACAUUUUCUAUCGUGGUACCGAACAGUUUCGUCGUUCAGUAGACCGGCUCGUGCGCGAUCGGAAAGCGUCGUUGCUUUAUUUCGAAGGUCACGCGUGGAACGAACAGUGCGCGUUGACUUUACAAACAAUUUUAUCCGUUGCUUGUGUCAUUGAUCGCGUGUAUCGACCGUCUUCGUUCUGUGCCGUACUUUACACAAGUGGAUUGGUGAAUAUCGUGCGUACGUGACAUUCGGAUCAGUGAACAUUUAACCGGUGAACGAUGUCGUCAACGAGCUGCCUGUUCACCGUGAUUCUUCUGAUCGCCGCUGCGACCGGUAUCAGUACCAGUCAAACCAUGGACGCCAAGAUUCGUGACGACUCCGACUUGUCUCAGUUCUAUCAAUUGCUGGAGGCGAGUCAGGUGGCAAACAACACCCUCGCGUACCGCCAUGUGACAGUUUUCGCACCUACAAAUAGAGCUUUCCAAAAGCACAAAGGAUCUACCAAGAAUUUGGUUCUCUAUCAUAUGUCAAACUUCCCAAAGACAAUCGAGAACCUAGGAGACUCAAUCUCAUCAGAGCUUGAGGGUAAUCCACCCUUAUGGGUCACCAGGAGAUCGGGCACACACGGCGAGGACGUUUACAUAAAUAACGCAAAGAUCAUCGUAGAACGAAGCAAUUUUCAAUCGAAGGUUACAGUCGAUGGCGAUAUGAAAACUCAGAUUUUGCAUAUAAUAAACGAAGUGCUCGAACCCGUACGUGCAAAUUCUGCAGAAAUGCCAAUUUAUAAUCCAAAUGCUUUCGAAUUUCUAAAUCAAAGCGAAAAUCUCGACUUGGGUGAGCAUCGUGUUCGCACCUUCCGACAGCGGAUCGUCAAGGAGAAGAAGGAAGAAGUCUUCAAGGCAGACGGACGUUACACUUUUCUCAUCCCCGUUGAGGAGGGUUUCAAGCCAUCGCUAAGACCGGACAAGGUUGACCGUGUGGUAAUUGAUGGCCACGUGAUACCCAACCACGUCCUCUUCACAACCCCAACACCUGCUAAUGUACCUUACGAAACCCUUGCGUUCAGCGAUAAUGUCAAAGUUACCGUUAGUUUCCUCAAGGUUCAUGAUAAAGUCUACGUGCAAUCCAAUACCAUGGUGGACAGUUCUGGCCACCCAACCGGAGUGGUACUGGCGGAAAUAGUCAAAGCGAAUAUCCCGGUGAAGAACGGCGUGGUACACUUGAUUGAACGACCAUUGAUGGUCGUCGAUACCACCGUGAAGGACUUCCUCGAGUCCUUCAAGGGCAUCGAAAAAGAGGACGGACCGGUGUACAAGUUUUACCAGACAAUUCGAGAUUUCGGAGAUGAAUUCAUGAGCACCAUAAGCCAUCUUCGCGACGUUACCCUCUUUGCACCGAGCAAUGCUGCUCUCGAAGAACCGGGUGUACAACAGAUCCUUCAGAAUAAGGAACGAGUCAAGGAUAUCCUGAAUCUUCACUACGUUAAGGAACGACUACCUCUCGACAAAAUCAAGAACAAAACUGUCAGCCAGAAAUCCUCGAACGAGAAGUCACACGGGGUGUCUACGGCGGCAGACAGGAAGAAGCUCUAUUUCAAUGUAGUUCAAGAACCAAGUGGAAAUCAGAUUGUUACCGUGGAAGGUGGUGGUGUGAAUGCAACAGUGGUCACCGCAAACAUUGCUGCUACCAAUGGAUUGAUCCACAUCAUUGAUAGGGUUCUUGGUGUACCAUAUACUACUGUGUUCGAUAAACUUAGGACUGACCCCAUGCUUAAUACCACCUAUUUCCUGGGACAACGACGUGAUUUCAACGAUCAAUUGAACGACACCACGAAGCGUUUCACCUACUUUGCUCCUCGCAACGAUGCCUGGAAAUCAGCAGCUAUCAGUUACCCCUCUACCACUAAGAAAAUUUUUAUGAAUGACUUCAGCUAUCACACGAAACAAAUCCUGGAACGACACUUGGUGAUAGCAGACGAAGCGUUCACAAUGGCAAAGCUAAAGGAAAUGAAACACAACGACACCAUAAUCCUUCCAGCCGCCAGAGACAGCCUGAAGCUUCGUAUCCGGGACUACGGUGAAAAUGACAAGUACGAUGAAAACGCGAUCCGUCCAGAAACAUUCGGUUACCAGAUCGAGUGGGAGGGGACAUGGAUUUACGUGUUCCGUCCAGACGUCGAGUGUACCAACGGCAUCAUCCACGUGAUCGACAAGGUGUUCAUGAAGGAUAGCGACGUCAGAGUGACCGGAACCGCGUCGAUCACCAGUCUGGCACCGCACUUGAUCAUGAUUCUGGUAGCGAAAUGGCUGCUUUAAGGACGAGUCUCAGCGAAUAUUGUCAUAGGUGCACCUAGGAAUUUGUAUCGGGACCGUCUCCGAUCGUCCACGUCCAACAGAACGUCGAUCCUGGUCAUGGACGAAUGCUCUUCAGGAUCAAUUGCGUCUUCAAACGACACCGAUUAAUCCUGAAAUCUCGUCGGGUCCUAUCAGAGUUCUCUGACUGAUGGCCCAUUUAAAUGUGUUCUCUGUUAAAUAAAAAAUGGACACGCGAUCGGGGACGAUCCAGAAGGGAACCACUCGAGGUCUAGGCCCUUGAGCUGAUCAUCAACGAGGAUACUCGACCGGACAAGCGCCAGACCGACAACUUAAGUGGUCGAAGCUUAACCUGGAAACGUACUACUUAGCGGUUUCAGCAGUCGAAUUAAUCGUCGUCAUUAAAUAAUGGUUCGCUAACGAACGAGCUGGUGUUAUUUACGUAACGAUAGAGAUCCUUUGUUUUUUUUUUUUUUUUCAUUUCAAGUUUUAUCGUAUCGACGGAAACGGUCGGGUCCCGGAUGUAUCCGAACGUCCACGGGGAGUUGGAGGGAUAAAAAAGACAUUAGAAGGGACGAUUCGUGGCUGGGACAGACAGUUUCCCCGGUGUUUAGAAGCGCCAAUGAUCGUACCAAAUAAUUAAUUAACCGUACCAAGUAAUUUAGAGAAAAGUCACGAGCGAGGGACGAACGUGGAGGCAGAGCUGAGAUUUCGGGGAACCUUCUUCGAGUACAAAGGCAUGAUGGUUUUUUUCUUUUAUAGAGAUGUCUCUUUUACUUUCUUCUGGGUCAUUAUUUUUAAUAUUUGUCCAGGUCUGAUAAUAAACGACUUAGAAAUUAUCAGGAAAGUUCAUCGAACACCAAACAAGGAUAACAUCCUUUUCACGCAGAUAUUCCAAAAUUUAGCUUAUAGUGAUCCCAUCGAACGCCGUCGAUAAGUUUCGCCUAAUAAUGGUACUUCGAUUCCAAUGACAAUGACACGCUAUACUUCUGUGUGCGAAUCGCGUUGUGAGACACACUUGCCACAAACUGGCUCGAAAAUGUAUAUAUACAUAUGGGAAAAAAUGAAACCUCGUCCUCGAAAAUCCUGAAUGAGAAUAGAAGAAAAACACCAUGGAAAUGAAGACACACCAUUGUCUCUCGAUGCAUGAUUCGCGACUGUCGUUACAGGAGUGAUUUCCGAUUGCACUCGCUCUCUGUAUCAUAUCGUAUUAACACUGUCUACUUACUGAUUAAUACUGCCAUGUUUCACUGCAGGCUAAACCAGCGUGCGAACGAGUUUUUGUACAAUUAUCAUUGAAGGAAGCGGAAGCUUUAACCACUAGCUACUUGAUCACAUUCCGACACAUGUGUAGGUAUUUUAAAUGAAUUGCCUUAUGAGAAAAGGAAAUUAGAAAAUGAAUGCUUUCUCUGUUCAAUUUGUCACUGAUAUUGAUAUUUGAAAUAUCUAAUAAAAUUUUAAAUUUAGAACAUUUAAAAAAUGAAAAUAGAAAAGGAAUUGUAAAUC